AUGCUUCAACUAAGCCCCGACCACAGCUUUCACUACGAAAUACUACGAACACUUGCUCAUGCUCGCUACUACGGAGCAGAUGUAGGCGAAGUUCUGCAAGCGGCACAAGGCAUUGAGCCCGGGGACUUCGAAAGCUUCUCAAAGGCCUUCGAUGCAUUGGCCACGCGAGUUUACAAUCAGGCGGAGAAGAUCGACCAGUCCAGAUAUCCGGUCUCAGCCCGCGACGCGUACUUCCGGGCCUCCAACUACUUCCGAGCAGCCGACUUCUAUCUGCAUGGCAAACCAGAAGAUCCCCGUAUUGACGAGCUAUGGACAAAACAGACGGAUGCCUUUGACAAGGCAAAUGCACUCUUGUCCAGCCCAGGGCAGCGUGUCACGCUAAAAAGCGACGGCUUUGAUGUCGUCGGAAUCUACUAUCAGACCCAGGUCGGAGACCCUGCAGCUCCAAAGGCUACUUUGAUCUUGGGGAACGGCUAUGACGGCGCUCAAGAAGAGAUGCUCCAUGUCUGUGGGUUCGCAGCCCUGGAGAGGGGUUACAAUGUCAUUGCGUACGAAGGACCUGGACAGCCAACUGUCCGUCGGCAACAAUGUAAGGGGUUUAUUACAGAAUGGGAAAAAGUCAUCACGCCUGUAGUGGACUUCCUUGAAGGUCGUCCUGAGGUCGACAGCAAGCGAAUCGGCUUGAUGGGCUACUCAAUGGGUGGGUGGCUUUGCCUUCGCGCUGCGGCAUUUGAGCAUCGUAUCGCUGCUGCCAUUGCCGUUGACGGAGUCUACUCGGUCGGUCAAGCCUAUUCCAACAUGCUGCCACCCCCGUGGGCUGCUCUGAGGGAGAAAGGGGAUACUCGAGGGCUAGAUGCUGCCGUCAGGGGCUUUCUCGGCAACCCAAAAGCACCAACCGGUCUGCAAUGGGGCAUCGAGCAGGGUCUCUGGAGCUUCAAUCUGACUUCUCCCUCAGAGUACUUGGACGAGUCAGACCUCAUGAUUUUGGAGGGAAUCUCGGAUCGCAUUCAGUGCCCAGUGUGGGUUGGAGAGGCUGGUGAGGAUGAAUUCUUCCGAGGUCAACCAGAGAAGGUCAAAGAUGCUCUCGGCGACAGAGCCACACUGGUAGAGCUCGGCAUGGAAGACGCUGCAGGGCAUCAUUGUCAUGUUGGUGCGGCGGUGUUGAUGAAUCAAGUUGUCUUUGAUUGGUUCGAGGAUAUUGUUUCGAAGAAGUGA